AUGUAUAAGCCAAUAGAAUUAGAAUUAAAUAAAGAAGUGGGAUUUAUGGUAGUGAAUAAUAGUUUUCAACAUUCCGACGACCAAGAAGGAAUAUUUGAUGAAAGAACAACUACUUCGUUAACACCUGUUGAUAUUUUUCAAGGGUCAGGUCAAAAAUAAGAGGAUUAGGGCUAAGGAUUGAUAAGCACUCUAUUAAAUAACUGCUAAGACUAAUAAAACGAAAAUAGAAUAAAAGUUAUGAUAUGUAUAACUAUGUAUUCUGAAAAAUUAUCAGAAUUAGAGAAAUCUUUGGCUGGCAUAGGAAAGAACUUAACUCACCUUUUAGACAUUGGGAUAGCACCUCAUUAAAUAGCAGUGACUGUAAUUUUUGAUGGAAUCACUAAUGUUCAUAAUGUGGCUGGAUCUUAUCGAGACAAUAUCGUUCCCUAUUUUUCAAGCGAAAUCGAUAAGAAAUAUGGGUUUCAAUAGGAGUAGACAUUAACCUAUUAAUACAAUUAAUAUUAGGAAUAAUUGAAACGCUUCUAAGAUUACAAGCCAGAAAAUAUUAAAUAUCUCAGGGCUCAUCCAGAUGAAUUACUAAAAAAAUAUAAGAAGCACAGAGUGGCUUUGAAAAAGACAAUGGAAAGAUUAAAGGGGUCGCAAUAUAAUUUGGUUGAACAGGAUGAAUGGAUAGAAUAGAACAUUGUUGAUGCGAUGGAAGACUAGUAUAACAGGGCCAAAGAUUAUGUAUAGAAUAGAAAAAAUACGGCGUGGGUCUAUUAAGAUGGUUUGGUGGAUAAAGGAUUGGAUGGUAUACUCCCUAUAUUUUAUACGUUUAAAUUUUCUAAUGGUUCAAAAUUAUCAUCUCAUAUGUGGUUUUUCAAAGGAUUUUGUAAAAUAUUCAACCCAGAUUACUGUGUAUUAAUGGAUGUUGGUGCUAAUCCUUAAAAGGAUGCAAUAUUCUAACUAAUAAUGGCAAUGGAACAGAAUCCGAAAUUGGGGGGAGUGUGUGGAACAAUGAGAAUUUAGAUUGAGGAGGAUGAUAAAGAUGAUGUAUUUUCAAUUUAAAAAUGUCAAUCUUGUGAAUAUGACAUAGCACAUUUGCUUGAUAAAUAAGCGGAAGCAGCACUUGAUUUUAUUCAUGUCCUUCCUGGUGCAUUCUCUGCAUAUAGAUACAACGCAUUCUUUAACAACUAUUAAGAUGAUGAGGCUAGGAUGAAUACUAUAUUGGAUAAAUAUUUGGGGUAGGUGUUGGAUCAAAAUUAUGAACACCAAACCUUAUAAGAGGCUAACAUGUUUUUAGCUGAAGACAGAGUUCUGUGUAAACUGUUAUUUUGCAAUGGAUACUAUCUUAGAUAUAUUGCGAGUUCUUUGGUUUAUGUAGAUCCAUGUAGUUCGUUGAAAUCGUUGAUUCUACAAAGAAGGCGGUGGAUUAAUGGAUCAUGGCAUGCUUUGUCUUAUAUAUCUGAUAAUUACGAUGAUGAUCUAAAUUCUAGUUAACAUUCUUGGUGGGAUAGAUAAAAAUUUAAAUUAUCUAUUACUUAGGCCAAGAUUCAGUAACUCAUGAUAUAUUUUAUGGAGUCAUUUCAAAUUCUUUGGCUAUAUAUGAUACUGUAUGCUAUAGUAGAUACUGGAGAUUUGGGAUUAAAUAACUUUAUUAUUUCAACAGUCAUUGCCUUCUAUGUGUAUUUGGUGUUUAUGAUUAUUUAUUUGGCUAUUAACUAUGAUCCUGCAUUAAUUAGAGAGUUGGGAUCCUCGGAUAAACAGAAGGCAGAGACGGAUUAUUACUUCUCAAGACUCUUCUUUGUGUCAACUUGUUUGGGGUUCAUCAGUCUUGGCACUGUAGUAUACACAAUCUAUUUGCUAAUCUCAGAAAUAUUCUUCAAUUUUGGAUUCAAUGAUAUAGUGGAGAAACCUUAAGUUCCACAGAGUUACUACUUGGUUCUUGUGGUUGUGUCUAUAGGAUCCAUAAUCCUACCAAUAAUGUCAUCAAUCUGUCUACUGCCUUAAAAUAUAUUAAAUGCAGCCUUGACCAUGAUCCCAUACUUUUAUUAUCAACCUACUUAUAUGCAUUUAUUUGUCAUCUAUUCGUUUUGCAGAAUAGACGACUUGUCAUGGGGCACGAAAGGACUGACCAAUACAGGUUCUAGUUCAGUCAAUUCUGACAAAGCCUAUUAAAAGUUUAAGUUCCUAUUGAAAUGGAUAGUACUUAAUACUUUAUUCACUGCAUGUUUAUUGAUUCUGUUCUAGAUACAACUAUAUCUGCUUCCAUAGGGUUUAAUCCUAUUUAUCUCAGUCAUCUUGACAUUACUAACUAUUCUAAAAGGAUGUUUGGCCUUGUGGUAUAGGAUCAAAUAUUAUGGAAUUUCAAGACAGAUAAAUCAAUAUAUUCAAUCAAAAUCUACUUAGAGGCUGGAUAAAGAUUAUUUUGAUGAGAAGAUAAAAGCUAUCAAAAAAACAAUUAAUGAAGGAAAUGGAUUAACUGCUGCUUCAACGAAUUUGAAAUAAGACAUAUCAAAGUAUAGCUAUGUAAGAGCAUCAGCCUUUGUUGCAUUUUUGGAGAAUUUUUAUAAAGGAUGA